CUUUUUUAUAAAACUCUUUUAAAUUCCAAACACCCCGUCGUCACCAAAAAAAAACUCCUCACUCUCUUCCUUUCCUUUAACUAUUAUGUACGGAUACCCUUCUGGUUUCCGGCCCCCCGCUGCUGCCGGCGGCUGGGGUUCUCAGCCGCUGCAGCAACAACCACAACAGCCGCCUCAACAACAACAGCAGCCUCUUCCUCCUCCUGCUGCUCCGGUAGCUCUUUUAAAUAAUCCCAGUUUCGCCCUCCAAAACCCGAACUAUUUCCUCCAAAACCCCCAAGCUGCCUUAGUUUUCCUUCAACAACAUCAACAACAACAACAACUUCUACAACAACAACAACUACAGCAGCAGCAGCAGCAGCAACAACAACAACAGCAAUUCCUUCUCCAAAACCAAAACCCUAACACCUUCCCAAUCCAAAACCCUACUCCUCCGAAUAACCCUAACCUCCAUAUCCCCCCUCCCCAGAAUCUGAAUAAUCAGAAUCAGAAUCAGCAGUUUUCCAAUUCGAAACAAACCCACUCAAUCGAAAAGGUCGACCGCCAAAACAUCUCCCCUCCCCAGAAUCCGAAGUUGCCCAAUUCAAAGCAAACCCACUCAAUCGACAAGGUCGACCGCGCCGUCGUGAAGGCGAGGCGCAAUAUAAUCGCGGCCGGAGAGAACGUGACGGCGUGGCAAGUGUCUCAAGAUGCGCUGCUCAACCUCAAGCUCGAUUCCUGGUCUUCUCUCAAAUUUCCAAUGCAGAAAGUCCCCAGUCUUCACAGCCUUAUGCUCCUCGAAGGGAAGAUAAAUGCAUUUAUCCAUUGCUUUGUUGGGGUUCAAAGAAUUACUUCGUUGUAUGAUUUGGAAGUAGCGAUUUGUAAGGUUGAGGGCGUAGAUAGCUUCGAAAAGCUUGAAUUGGGGCCAUUGUUGCGACACCCGCUUGUGUUGCAUUAUUUUUCACUCAGUCCUGGUGUCACUGAAGUUUUUAAAAUAACCGGCAAGGAGGUUUGUUCGUUACUUUGGAAUUUCAUGGAUAAGAAGAAGAAGAAGAAGAAGAGUAAGAAUGAUGAUGAUACUGUUCAAAUUGAAGAGUUUUUGGAUUUUGUUGCUAAGAAGCGUUCUGUUGCCAGCAAGAAGGAACUUUGCUUACGAAUUCAAAGCUUGGGGAUGCAUAUUUCUGUUAUCCGGAAAGCCAUGAGCUUAGAGACUGCCACUUUUAAGAAGCCUCUAGAUAAUGCUAAGAAGAAGACUCUAUAUAAUGCUAAGAAGAAGACUCUAGAUAAUGCUAAGAUGAAAUCCAAGAGGAGGCGUCCUCUUCUUUGGGCGUUGAAAAAGCAGCUUGAUGAACGUUUCAGUUCUAUUUCUCAGCGUGUGGAAUCAUUCUCCUCUGUACAGAAGGUUUUUUGUGGCAAGCACACUAGAUUUGGUUCAUCAGGCUCUGAUGAAGGUGAAAAUAUUGAUGAUGAAGAUUUUGGUUCUGAAGACGAAAGGACUGAAGAUGCUAACUUGCGAUCGCAGAAUGUUGCAAGUUCUUCUGACCGAGUCAGUAGCUGUCCAUACCCAUCUGAAAUUGAAGAGAUGACACGGCUUGGGUUGAAAGGUGAAGCGUAUGGGCACCUUGCUCCUGCUAGCCCAAGGCACAAUGAGAGUUGUAGUGGAUCAUCAAAAAAGAAAAGGAAAUCUGAAAAUCCAAGUUCCACCAUGUCUGCACCCUCUGGAUCAUCUAAAAAGAAAAGAAAACCUGAAGAUCUAGGCCGCAAUGUGUCUAAGGUGGUGGUAGAACUAGAUGUUGAUACUGUAGAUAAUUCCAAGGAGAUUGAGGAGGCUAACAAUUGUAACGAAGCUGAUCUUGCCAUUGCUAAUCACUCUAUAAAGGCAUUCAUUACAACCUGGAAGGAGGCGUGUCGGGAUCAUACUGUGCCUGAGGUUUUUGAGAGGAUGCUUCAGUUUUAUAACGUAAAAGCUCGACGGAGGAAGAAAAUCAAAUUGAUGUUUUCAUCAUUUCCAUUUGUUGGAUUACUAAAUGUUGCUGUAUCAUCUAUCAAAUCUGGAAUGUGGGACAGCAUAUACGAUACCUUCCUAGCCAUUAGUCAACAGGAAUUAACUAAUUCACUUAUGCAAAAUCAAUCUGACUUUGAGAUCAUAGAUGUUGAACCAAGUGUUAAGGAUGCACCAGUCAUCGCUGAGCAUAGUGUUGAGCUUACACACAGUGUAUCUGUUGAAGACAUUAUCAGGAAAGCUGCAAUGUAUUUUGAGCUUGACAAUGGAAUCCAUAUUCGUGGUAAAUCAGUUCUAGAAAAGAGAAUUAGCAUCUUAAGGGAGCUCUAUAAUUGUGAGUUUUGGCUAGCGGAGCAAUUUUGCGUCAAGACAUUUAAGUCACUUGGUUUUGGGGAGUUUUUAAUGUUCCUAGAAAAACAUGCCUCCCUCCUACCUGAUGAAAUACACAAGUUCUUAACAGCUGACAUAUGUGAAAAGUCCCCUUUGGAGGUUUGCAUGCUUCAGCAUCAGUUGUUUGUUUUAGUAUCACAAGCUCUGAAUGGCUGCGUAGGGGAGAAAGAAAUAGCAACCAAGCAAAUGAUUUCUUCAUUGCUUAGGAGGCAAUUUCCAUUGAUCAGUUUCAAAAUUUCGGAAAAUGGUUCUAUGUGGGACUUCCUAGAUAUUUUGGGGAAGCAUAAGAAUAAUGUAAUUUCUAAAGGAGUCCUAUUUUCUGUAACAUUAUUUGAAAUGUGUCAUGUUGGAGACUCAACAGCCCAUAAUGGAAGUGAAUUAUUGGAAACCACGAAGGUGAGUAUCGACAUCAGCCAGAAAGGAGCCUUGGAAUCUCUUACAUCCAAGGAUGCAGUUGAGGCCUUACUUAGGGCACCGCUGAUGUCUGAUCUAAACACAUGGGCACAUUGGGACUUGGUAUUUGCUCCCUCACUUGGUCCUCUUGUGCCAUGGUUGUUGAAUGAAGUCAACACGAAAGAAUUAUUGUGUUUAGUGACAAAAGAUGGCAAGGUCAUGCGCAUUGAUCAUUCAGCUACUGUGGACUCAUUCUUGGAAGCUGCACUUAAAGGAUCUCCUUUUCAAACAGCUGUGCAGCUGUUAUCUUUGUUCUCAUUAGUUGGGGGAGAAAAAUAUGUUCCCUUGUCCCUUUUGAAAUGUCAUGCACGUCGUGCAUUUGAAGUCAUUUUGAAGAAUUCUCUUGAGAAUGGAGAAGUAAAUGACAAUCGGAGCUCUCUCAUGCAAGGAAACACUUCAUAUAUGCAGAAAAUAGUUGAUGAGGUUGAUACUCAUGCUGGUAGUUUUAGUAGUGAGUUACACAAAAGUUUAUGCAAUAUGAAUAAAGCAGUGCCUGUAGUAUCAAGAUUUUUCCUUGAUUGUCUUGGCUAUUUACCCACAGAGUUUUGUGGUUUUGCUGCUGAUGUUUUGCUUUCUGGAAUGCGAUCUGUCAUCAAAGAUGCUAAUUCAGCCAUUUUGUGUGAAUGCAACCAAAGGGAAGAGCGUGUCAUGCUUCAUGAAGUUGGAUUGUCUCUUGGUAUAGUGGAGUGGAUUGAUGAUUACCAUGCAUUUUGUUCUGCUGAUGCGACUAAUUUUUUCCCAUUUGGAGCUUCAUGCUUGGAAGCUGCUGGGCCUGAGAAAAGCAUUGGCCUUAAGAAUAUGCAAGAUUUGUCAAGUAAGUCUUCCACUUCCAAAGUAAAAUUGGAUGUACCUCUUGUGGCAGAUGGGAAGAUUGAAGAACAUACUGGAGUUUGUCAAUCAAUCAAUGGGGCAUUAGUUUUUGAUGAUAGAAUUAGUAGUGGUUGCUUGCAACAUUUAUCUGAACUUAAUGAAGAUAAGAAUGCAGCCCUGGUCAUUGAAUCUAUCAGGCGGGACGAAUUUGGCCUUGAUCCAAGUCUUUCAAACACUGAAAUUAGCAUGUUGAAGAAGCAGCAUGCUCGCCUAGGGAGAGCACUUCAUUGUCUCUCACAAGAAUUAUAUUCUCAGGAUUCACAUUUUCUUCUUGAGCUGGUUCAAAAUGCUGAUGAUAAUAUUUAUCUGGAAAAUGUGGAACCAACUCUGACAUUUAUUCUUCAAGACUCUGGCAUUAUUGUCCUAAAUAAUGAGCAAGGCUUUUCAGCUCAAAACAUCAGAGCACUUUGUGAUGUUGGAAAUUCAACAAAGAAAGGAUCUAAUGCUGGGUAUAUAGGGAAGAAGGGCAUCGGUUUCAAAUCGGUCUUCCGGGUUACAGAUGCUCCAGAGAUUCAUUCUAAUGGGUUUCAUGUCAAAUUUGAUAUAAGUGAGGGUCAGAUUGGUUUUGUUUUGCCUACAAUAGUACUUCCUUGUGAUAUUGACUUGUUCAGUAGGCUUGCAUCCAGUGACACUGAUCAUUUGGAUGGUCGAUGCUGGAACACUUGCAUUGUACUUCCUUUCAGAUCAAGAUUUUUGGACAGUACUGUCGUGAACAGCAUUAUCACUAUGUUUUCAGAUCUUCACCCAUCUUUAUUACUUUUUCUUCACCGGCUUAAGUGCAUUAAGUUUAGAAACUUGCUCAAUGAUUCACUUAUUGUGAUGAAAAAAGAAAUUGUGGGAAAUGGCAUCAUAAGGGUUUCACAUGGAAAAGAGAAAAUGACAUGGUUUGUAGCGUCAAAGAAGUUGUGGACAGAUGUCAUUCGUCGUGAUGUGCAAACGACAGAGAUCUCUAUAGCAUUAACAUUGCAGGAAUCAAUUGAUGGGGAUUACACUCCACUUCUAGACCAGUGGCCUGUUUUUGCAUUUCUUCCUUUAAGGACUUAUGGUCUGAAAUUUAUUCUUCAAGGUGAUUUUGUUCUUCCAUCAUCUAGAGAGGAAGUGGAUGGAGAUAGUCCCUGGAAUCAGUGGUUAUUGUCUGAGUUUCCUGGUUUGUUUGUUGAUGCUCAGAGAUCCUUUUGCGCUCUUCCGUGUUUUAGAGAGAAUCCUGGAAAGGCUGUAUCUGCUUUCAUGAGCUUUGUUCCGCUUGUCGGAGAAGUUCAUGGUUUCUUUUCAAGUCUUCCCCGGUUGAUUAUUUCAAAAUUACGUAUGACAAACUGCUUACUUCUGGAAGGAGGAAACGACAGAUGGGCUCCUCCUUGCAAGGUUCUAAGAGGUUGGAAUGAACAGGCUCGCAUUCUUCUUCCUGAUAGUAUGCUUAGUGAGCACCUUGGCCUUGGAUUCUUGGAUAGAAAUAUACAAAUUUCUGAUUCAUUAGCAAGGGCACUGGGAAUUGAGGAAUAUGGUCCUAAAAUUCUACUACAAUUUAUACGCUCUUUGAGUCAUGUGGAGAAUGGCAUCAACUCCAUGGGCCUGUAUUGGUUGUCUUCUUGGCUAAAUGCACUUUAUACAAUGUCAUUCCAUUCAUCUAGACAAACUUUGUUUAAUUCUGAUGCAGAAAUUGAUCUCAUAGAGAACCUUAAAAAAUUACCAUUUAUUCCUCUUUCAGAUGGUACAUACAGUUCAGUGAAUGAAGGUACAAUCUGGUUACAAUCUGAUGCUUUAAGUGCAGGAUUUGAUGGCAGGCAUGGACUUGAAGCUUUCCCAAAUUUAUUUGCUAAACUUCGAACUGUGAAUCCUGCCCUCCUUUCUGCAUCAACUGUUGAUACCACAUGCUUGGAUGUGAGUUUUGUAGGCAACCUUACCAACUUGCUUCAUAGAAUUGGUGUCCAGUGGUUGUCUGCUCAUGAAAUUGUGAAGGUGCACAUCUUGCCAGCUGUAUCUGAUGACAGAAUUACAAAUAGGGACAAGAAUUUGAUGACAGAGUAUGUUUGCUUUGUAAUGACCCACUUACAGUCUAGCUGCCCUGAUUGUCAUGUUGAAAGGGAGUACAUAAUCUCCCAAUUACGAAAUAAAGCUUUCAUUUUAACAAAUCAGGGCUUUCAACGACUUGUUGAGGUGCCAAUUCAUUUUAGUAAAGAAUAUGGAAAUCCAGUCAAUGUGAAUAUGUUGAUUAAUGUUGUAGAUAUGAAAUGGCAUGAAGUUGACAGCACUUAUUUGAGGCAUCCAGUUACUGAAUCACUCUCAAGUGGACUGGAAAAAUGGAGGGAAUUUUUCCAGGAAUUAGGUGUUGUGGAUUUUGUGCAAAUUAAUCAAGUUGAUAAGACUGUUUCUGAUAUAUCUCAUAUCAUUUUUAAGAAUCUCAUGUGGGAAAGAGAUCUGAUUUCCCCUGAAUCAAUUGCCAAAGACUGGGAAUCUCAUGAAUUGGUCCACUUAAUAUCUGUAUUGUCCAAAAAUUGCAUGCAGCAAAGUUGUAUAUAUCUGUUAGAGAUUUUUGAUACACUAUGGGAUAGUUGUUUUAGUGACAAAGUGAUGGGUUACUGCAAUAUUAACUCUGGCGGAGAUAGCAAACCCUUCAAGUCUUCUUUUAUGAGCAGCAUUAGUGAUGUCCAGUGGGUGGCAUCUGGCAUGGAUGAUGAGCUUCACUAUCCCAAAGAUUUAUUUUACGAUUGUGAAGCAGUACGCUCAAUUCUUGGUGCUUCUGCUCCAUAUGCUGUUCCGAAGGUACGAAAUGGGAAGCUAGUAAGUGAUAUUGGGUUUAAGGUUAAAGUUACAAUGGAUGACAUUUCGGAAAUUCUGAAAGUGUGGAGAAGUUCUCAGAGAUCUUUUAAGGCCAGCAUAUCACAAAUGUCAAACUUUUACACAUUCAUCUGGAAAGAAAUGGCUACUUCAAGGCACAAAAUCACUGAGGAAUUACAUUCUGGAUCUUGUGUAUUUGUUCCCUUUGCGUCUGGCUCUAGUCGUGAGGAUGUGGUACCUGGUAUGUUUUUGUCUCCUGAAGAAAUAUGUUGGCAUGAUCCAACUGGUUGUCUAGACCAAAUUAAGGAGAUAAAUCCUCAGUGCAGUUUGACAGAAGUGACUCAUUGCCCCUUAAAAAAGACACUGAGCAGUAUAUAUCCAGGCCUUCGUGACUUUUUCAUUGACGGCUGCGGAGUACAUGAGACCCCUCCUCUCCGUAGCUACCUACAAAUUUUGCUCCAGCUUUCGACUGUUACUUUGCCUUCACAAGCAGCUAAUGCAGUUUUCCAAGUGUUUCUCAAGUGGAGUGAUGGUUUGAAAUCUGGACUCCUGGGUCCUGAAGAUAUCAUUUACUUGAAAGAGCAUCUUAUGAAAAUUAACUGUGCUGUACUUCCAACUGAAUAUGAUAAGUGGAUUUCCCUACACCCUUCCUUUGGCCUUGUGUGCUGGUCUGAUAAUUUGAAGUUAUGGAAACAAUUUAAGCAUUUCGAUAAGAUUGAAUUUCUGUACUUUGGCAAACUUAGUGAGGAUGAAAAACAGAUACUACAAACAAAAGUUUCUGUGCUCAUGCAAACCAUAGGGAUUCCUGCUCUGUCAGAUGUUGUAACUCGUGAAGCAAUAUAUGAUGGUCUGAUAGACUCUAGCUUCAAAGCUUCAUUAGUGGGCUGGGCUCUACCUUAUGCUCAACGCUACUUCUGUAGUGUACACCCUGAUAAAUAUGUAAAACUGAAGCAGUCUGGAUUUGAUCUUUUGAAUCGUUUACAAGUUGUUGUUGUUGAAAAGCUUUACUACAGGAAUGUCAUAAAAAGUUGUGGUGAUUCAUGUGCAUCAAAUAGGCGAAUUGAAUGUAGCUGCUUACUUCAGGACAACGUUUUGUACACAACCCAAGAAUCCGAUUCUCAUGCCCUAUUUAUGGAGCUGUCUCGUUUGUUAUUUGAUGGAACUCCUGAUUUACACUUGGCAAAUUUCCUUCACAUGAUCACAACCAUGGCUGAAUCAGGUUCUACUGAGGAGCAAACAGAGUUUUUCAUCUUGAAUAGCCAAAAGAUGCCUAAGCUUUCUAAUGAAGAAUCUGUUUGGUCCCUCCCAUCCAUACCUUCACAGACAAAGAACGAUGACUCACUCCAAACAAGUUUUGAUUCGACAAAGUCCAAAAAGAAGGCUGGAAAUAACUCAAAUUGGCCGCCUGUGGAUUGGAAAACUGCACCUGGUUUUAGUUAUGCUCGUUUAAAUGGUUUUAAGACUCAGGCAACAGCUGCACAGCCUAGCGGCAGCCCACGAAAGGAUGAUUCUGAAGGCACAGUCAUGGAAACUGAUAAUGUUCCUAUCUCAAUUGAAGAUGAUUGGACCAUUGAAGAUGAUUUUGCAGCAGCUUCAAAAGCUUUAGUUUUGUCAGCCAAUUUGGAAAAUCAGUCUGGCAAUGCUUGCAAUUCAACUUAUUCUGAUCAGUCUGGCCAUGCUCCCAAUCAUACUGUUUCCACCAAGCAUGUUGAAUUUGAUCCUGUUGAUUUAGAUCUGGUGUCUGAUGGCCCUGAGUUGGGUGCAUCUAAUUUUAGCAGUAGAGAUCAUCUUAGAUUUGGUACCCCCAAUGCAGCACAAGCCAUGCAAACGGGGAGAAUAGGUGAGAGUGUUGCUUUCAAAUACAUUAUUGGGAAAUUUGGUGGGACAGCAGUGAAGUGGGUUAAUGAAGAUAUUGAAACUGGGUUACCUUAUGACAUUAUAGUAGGGGAGGAGAAUAGUACGGAGUACAUAGAAGUUAAAGCAACUAAAUCUCGAAGCAAAGACUGGUUCAAUAUAUCAACAAGAGAGUGGCAAUUUGCAGUUGAAAAGGGUGAAUCAUACAGCAUUGCACAUGUUUUGUUAGGUAAAAAUAAUGUCGCAAGGGUGUCAGUAUUCAAGAAUCCAGUAAAGUUAUGUCAGCUAGGCAAGUUGCAGUUGGUUGUUAUGAUGCCCAGGCAGCACACGGAAUUUUCCGUUGUCUCCUAACAUGAACAGACAUUGAUUUUCAUCUGCGCUUUUGAGUUAUAUUGACUCUAUGAAGUCUUUAGCCAAACCAUAACUGCCUUUAUGGAAAUACAGUGAAAUGACAGAGGAUUGUGUACAGUCACUCUUUCCCUCUGACAAAGUCCAGCUCCUGCAAAGGAAAGCAAGCAUUUGUUGUGGAUUUUAUCUGCAAGAGAACUAUAAUGGGGCUGACUUGUUAUAGGAUUUGAAGAAUCUCUGUAGUGGUAUUUCUUCUAAAAGAGUGAUCACAACGCCAAGGUUUGAUUUGCACUGCAGGGAUCUAAUGUCAUCUUCAUAAAUUGUUGUAUGUAAAUCAUAGAUUGCUACCAUAUUGUAAUUUUAUUUAUUUGUAAUAUUUUAUUAGUGGGUGAUGGCUUAAGCAGUUGCCCAUGAAAUUUUGUACUAGCCUCGUACAGUUUACUUUUGACCUUUAAAAUUUGAGCAAAUAGUUCCAGUAAUUAAAGAGAAAAAGCAGUUCAAAACUUUUUUUC